GAAGAGUGAAAUUUUGAAAAAGAAAAUAUUACAUUUAUAAACGGAGUGUUAUUGCUACAUAUAUGAAACAUAUAAACCGCUUCUCAAUACAUACUCUAUAUUUCAAAAUGUAUUGAAGUGUUACUAUUCAUAAUAUAUGUACAUGCUAUCAACCGACUAAUUUCUUUCACUUUCAUAAGCGAUACUCGCAGCGGUAUGAACACAAGAAAAAAACAUAAUCAAUUUUUUUAGAUAAAUGGGAUAAUCAAUCACUUUUGUCUCAUAAGAUAUAGGAACAUAAUCAAUUUUUUCUCAUAAGAUUUAAGAUUCGUUAUUUAGAAAUGCAAAAAACUCAAGCUUAAGAAAAGGUUAUAUAUAUCUGGUAAUACAGAGUAUAAAUAGAGUCGAGAAACUUUUAUCUUACAAAGAAAGACCAAACCUAUACAUAAAUGAAAGAUAUAGUGAAUGAGAUACGUCGGAGAAGGAAACCAUAGUAUGGUAAACUAGUGUAGUUCGGUUCAUGUUUUCUAAAUGAAUAAUAAAAUCUAUAUAUACGUACGUGAUUGAGUAUUAAUUCUUAGGUCCAUUAGAAUAAAACCUGCACUUUUAUAUAUAGAGUACGACUAGGUAAGAGAUAGAGACUUUGAACAUUUUUUUGUCACCUGUUAUGGAUUAUAGAAAUGUGUAUGUUAAAGAGGGAGGAGACCAUGCAUGAAAUGGAAAAAUAAAGAUUCGGAGGAUAAUACCAUAAGAAAGUCGGACAUGACAUUGAUAAAUAGUGAGUGUUACCCAAAACAUGGCACUAUCUAUGCCUUGUUUCAACUUACAGUGCUUUUUAAUUUUGAAUAAAAACUUGGAGGAUUAUGGUUUGUAAUCACCCAUUUCAAGUAUAGUUUUUGCUCUGUGAGUCAUCAUCCUCUAUUAAUUUGUCUUAGUCAAUUAGAGUUGGCUAACCAAACAUUUAUUAUAAUCACAUUAUUGCGUAUUUCAUUUGUUUUGGUGCCAGUAAUUAACUUCUUUUUUAUUCUGUGAUUGUUUACUGAUUUAGAAAUUUAAAUAUACAAAACACACAACAUAGAGGAAUGUUGUCUCCCCUUCACCGCAUAUGUCUUGGUAUGUUCCUCCAACACGGAGCACUAUAAAUACUCACUCCAACACUCUCAAAAAAUACUCAACUGCUCUCCAUAACAGAAACAUAACCAAAACUAAUAGACACAGAGAGAGAAAGAAAGAAUGAUUGAGACGGUUAAGCACCUGAUAGGCUCCGGUGGCCCAAGCGGAUUUGGAUCAAGAUCCACCGCCGAACAUGUCACGGCUAACUGUGAUCUCCGAUCUCUAACAGCAAUCAUCACUGGAGCGACGUCGGGAAUAGGAGCGGAGACGGCGCGAGUUCUGGCAAAGCGAGGAGCGAGGCUUGUGAUUCCGGCUAGGAGUCUCAAAACCGCCGAGGAAACAAAGUCACGUAUCCUCUCUGAGUUUCCUGAUGCGGAGAUCAUCGUCAUGCAACUCGACCUCAGCUCCCUCGCCUCUGUUCGUCGAUUCGUAGACGAUUUCGAAUCUCUUCAUCUCCCUCUCAACAUCCUCAUCAACAACGCCGGAAAAUACGCGCAGAAGCACGCCAUCUCUGAGGACGGCGUGGAGAUGACCUUCGCAACUAAUUAUCUCGGCCAUUUUCUGCUGACUAAGCUGCUGUUGAAGAAUAUGAUUGAAACGGCGGAGCAAACCGGCGUUCAAGGCCGUAUCGUCAACGUCACGUCAGUGAUCCACAGCUGGUUCUCUGGCGAUAUGCUGCAAUAUGUCGCCGAUAUCUCCCGAAACAAUAGAAACUACGACGCGACCCGAGCUUACGCGCUCUCUAAGCUAGCCAACGUUCUCCACACCAUAGAGCUUUCCCGGAUUCUCCAUAAAAUGGAUGCUAAUGUAACGGCAAACUGUGUUCAUCCUGGAAUCGUGAGAACGCGUCUCACACGAGACCGAGACGGCCUCAUCACUGAUUUAGUCUUUUUCUUGACCUCCAAGCUUUUGAAGUCCGUUCCUCAGGCAGCAGCAACGACAUGCUACGUAGCAACGAGUCCGAGAUUGAGGAACGUGUGUGGCAAAUACUUUUCAGACUGCAACGAAGCUCGGACUUCUAAAUCUGGAUCGUGCAAUCUUAAAGCUCAGAGACUGUGGACUGCUUCUGAGUUGUUGGUUACUGCAGCUUCCACUCCCAAUGUUUAUCAAACCUUUAACUACUUUUUAACCAACACGAUGCUAUGUAUGUGUAAAUCACAAGACCUAGAUAGCUUUACUAUAAUAUAGGUUUAUACAUAGCGACAUAUAUUCUUUUGUGUGUGUAGGUGUGUAUAAGCCAUGCCUCUAUAUUAUUAUUAUAUGUGGUUCUGGUUUUCAUGUAAAUAUAUAUAUAUAUAUAUAUAUAUAUAUAUAUAUAUAGAGCUGUAGGGUUUUGUAAAAUAUAGGUCUUUGUUAUGUAAUUCCUACCUACAUCAAUCUAGCAAUAUCAAUAUUGAAGAA